AUGUUUCGCAGUGCUUUUCGGCCCAUACCUCCCUUACGCUACACUAAAACGCCUUGUUUCGCGCGAAACUUUUAUUGGGUGACAACGGAUUUCAUUGCCCAUGAUGAGAGAGGAAACCCUGUUACGAGGAAGGUGCCUAUUAUCAUUGGCGACCCGGAGCAAAAUUAUGUUUUGAUUGAGCAAGAGGUUGGGAGUGCGCUCCGUGCUGCCAGUUCCCUCAUGUCAGCUUCUGCAGCUAUUUCUGGAGAUAGUUGCAAACUUACGUUUUUCCACGACUCACAACACUUUGGAUUUGAAUCACCUAGUUAUCCCCGCCUCCAUGUCCCAAGGCAAAUGCAUCGCCAGACAGAGUCGAAUACAAGCCCAGCAACUUUGCUCAUGGCCGGAAAGAUGCACGAGUUAGUUAUAGACGGCACGCCUGAUGGUAUAAUCCAGCCAUACGUCCUUCCUAUCUGGCGCAUACUGAUUCAUAAUGCCUAUCUAGCAAUCUUUGCACAGCAUACAAAUAAUUCUGCACGAAGCCUUGGAACUGUACUCGAACAGCUGAAAGAUAUGUGA